GUGUGUAUGUGUGUGAGAGAGGGCGAGUGGAUCUCAAACACUGUCGGGUCGGGUGCCAGAGGCUGUGGUUGUGCAUGCUGGUCUGUGCGCUGACACACGGAUGAGAGGCGCUGUGCGCGCGCGAGCCGUUCUGGAGGGAGCGCGAGACGGCUGCUGUGUCCCUGAGCACGAGGAUGGGCUGCAAUCUGUGUAGUUUACAGAAGAGAGAGGAGCAUUACAAACUACUGUACGAGAUCUCACAGGUGAACGGGAGGGAUCUGUCCAGAGCCAGUCAUGAGGAGGCGGCAGAGGCUUUACGCAGCGCUAAAGACCCCAUCGUGGUGCAGGUGCUCCGGCGGACCCCUCGGCCCCGGGGUCAAGGGUCAGCGCAGGACGUCCAGCUGGUGGACGUGUGCACGCAGACGGAGAUCACCUUCGAGCACAUCAUGGCUUUGGCCAAACUGCGUCCCGCCACACCACCGGUGCCGGACAUCUGCCCCUUCCUCCUGUCCGACAGCUGUCUCUCUCUGCACACCUUGGAUCAGGAAUACUCGGAGGACAACAUGGCAGCGGACGGCGAGAGGACCGAUGACUUCGAGUACGAGGAGGUCGAGCUGCUUCGACUGAGCAGUCAGGAGAAGCUGGGACUCACGCUGUGCUACAGGACAGACGAGGACGAGGACAUCUACGUCAGCGAGAUCGAGCCGAACAGCAUCGCUGCGAGAGACGGUCGGAUCCGAGAAGGAGACCGCAUCUUACAGAUAAAUGGGCGGGACGUUCAGAACAGACAGGAAGCAGUGGCCAUUCUUUCGAAUGAAGAAUUCAGGAGUAUUUUGCUGCUGGUCGCAAGGCCAGAAAUACAGGACGAGCCGUGGCUGGAUGACGAGCACAGUGAAUACUUAGAGGAGCUGAAGAUGGAGAUGCUGGAGGAGGAAGAGGAGGAGGAGAUGAAGAGAGCGGCUCGAGAGGAGGACCAGAAGGCCAGAGCACCUCAAGAAGAAAGCUUGGCGGCGUCCUGCUCCUACAGUCAGGAGACGAGCACGGCCCCAGAGCAGAGCGUCCUGGCUCAGAUCCAGAAGCAGCUGUCUCGCUGUCUGUCGGGCCGGAGCUCAGCGGACGGAGCAGAGAAGGAUGAGCACUGGCGGCAGCUGCUGGAGCUCAAGUGUCAGAUCCGCAGUGGCAGCGAGUACGACCUGUUCUACACACGCAGUAGCAGCAGCAGCGUCCCGUGCAGCGGUGUGGAGCACGAGCUGAGGAUGCUGAACCAGGAGCUGCGCAGCAUCCAGCUGGAGUGCCAGAGCAUCAUGAAGGUGCACCAGCUGGGACCCCGUGAGCGCCCCGAGAGGUCAGACAAGGAUAGCUCGAGUGCGUAUAACACGGCUGAGAGCUCACGCAGCACACCGCUCGCCGCUGAUCGCUCUCCGGAGCACCGCAGGGUCAGCCUGACCAACCGCAGGAACCUGCUAACACUCGGACGGGCCCCGAGGGACAGCCCCGACCACAGCAACCCGUCCGAGUCUGAGCAGACAGCCCCUGAAGGCCCCCAGAGCUACAUGCAGCUGAUCCAGCAGCAGACGGCGCUGCAGUUCGUCAGUCCCUCUGAACCCAGGCUGGAGUGGAAGGUGAAGGUCCGGAGCGACGGCACCAGGUACAUCACCAAGCGUCCGGUCCGGGACAGACUCCUGCGGGAGCGAGCGCUGAAGAUCAAGGAGGAGCGCAGCGGGGGCAUGACGACUGAUGAUGACACCAUGAGCGAGAUGAAGAUGGGACGCUACUGGAGCAAGGAGCAGCGCAAGCAGCAUCUCCUGAGAGCCAAAGAGCAGCGGCGGCGGAGAGAGUUCAUGCAGCGCAGCCGGCUGGAGAGUCUGCGGGAGAAUCCCCUCAGCAGCGGAGAGGGACGCCCCGAGCCCAGCAUCCUCCAGCUCAGCCACCGCAAGAUGAUGAAGAAGAGGAACAAGAAGAUCCUGGACAACUGGAUGACCAUUCAGGAGCUGAUGACGCACGGGGAGAGAGCUCCCGAGGGAUCCGCCGUCCACAACGCCUUCCUGUCCGUCACCACUGUAUAGAUUCACUCCUCACUCUUUACCCCAUGCGGUACGAUCAACUCUUGCCUCGUUCAAUGCGGCCAUUUUUAUGAGAAAAGACACAAAUAUUUUUCACUUUGUUAAUGUUUUUCUAAGCAGUUCAAUGAGAUUCACUGCAUUUUUUUUUGUUACCGGAAAUGUUUCAACUAAGGUACAUGAAGAAAUAUUACAGUUCUGUCACAAUUCACUUUCGAUCUAAACCUGUGUGACUUUCUACAGAAAAAUAUGACAUGGGAGAAAAUAUUAUUUCAGUGUUUUUGAGUGCGCUAGCAGUAGUUUGACAUUAGAAACUCCAAAAUGUGUAUUUUAAUUUAUACUUUGCUUUUGCUCAUUUCAUUGCUUAAAUUUAACGUUUGUCCAAGUUUUUUUUUUUUCUGAAUUUUUACUGUUUUAAUCACGUCCCUCAAGAAAACUUUUAAAUUUCAGUUUUGCCCAAGACCUUUUUAUUCCACAAUUUUGAAUUUGUACUUUGGUUCACACACUUAACAACUAAAGUUUGGCUUUCGCCUAAGAGCAAUUUUUACAAAUUUUACAUUUGAACUUCCAAUGUUUGCUCAUUGAAA